AUGGUCCUGCCCAAUGCCACAGCCGUGACGCCCUUUCUGACCCAGCUGUGGCAGGAGAUGGCACAGCGGGGCAGCAAUGCGUCGGAGCUGGCCCGCCGUUCCCCCCGCGAUGGUGACAGCGAGCUGGCUGUGCUUUACAUCCUCCUGGUGCUCGGCUUCUUCGGUUUCUUCACUCUGGGCAUCAUGCUGAGCUAUAUCCGCUCCAAGAAGCUGGAGCACUCGCAUGACCCGUUCAACGUCUACAUCGAGUCGGACGCCUGGCAGGAGAAGGGCAAGGCGUACUUGCAGGCCCGGGUCCUAGAGAGCUACAGAGCAUGCUAUGUCAUUGAAAACCAGCUGGCUGUGGAACAACCCACCUCACACCUUCCCGAGCUGCAGCGCUUGUCAUGA